ACUGGAGCUUGGUGUGGGGGUGGGGGACUUGUUUUGAGAAAGCUCAUGGACAAGAGUACGCUUUCAGCGUUUCGCAGGAUUCCGGUGGAGUAUGGUUCGGGGUGAAAAGACGCUUGCGGCGAUGCAGCAGGAGUUGGAGCAUUGACAGGUUGAUCCUUCAGCUUCGCAGCGCCCGCUUCCGCGACUAAAUUUGGUGGCUUUUUGGGGGUGGUUGCACGCUCUGUGAGCUCGGCGUGAUAGUGCUGCGAGUUGUGCGACCGUCAAUGCCGCCCGUCUUCGGUCACUGAAAGGCGCACUGCAUGUGGAAGCGGUAGAUAUUCUCAGGGCCAGCUGUUGAUGGUGCUUCCACGAGAGCUAGAGUUUAGCGGCAAGCAUCCGAUCCAUGGGCAAGGCCAAUCCAAGCAAGUGGUUGAAGGCGGUCAAGAAGGCCUUCAGGUCUCCAUCGAAGGAAAGUAUCUCUGACAAAGAUGAAACGCAAAAGAAAUCCUUCAAGGUCACUCGAGGAACUUCAUUGGACUAUUCGAAGGCGACUCCUCUCCCAUUACCAUCUGUUGCGAGAUUAAUGCAUCAGGAAAUUGAGCAAGAACGCAAUAAUGGAUUGUCGACUGAAGAGGUUGUUGCUGAACCAGAGCGCAGUGAAUACACAGAGCAAACGAAAUUGAAGGCCUCACCAUCUAAUGAGGCCAGUAAAGAGGAUGAAGUGCUUCGUGAGGAGCAGGCAGCUGUCCAGAUACAACGGGCUUUCCGUAACCACUUGGCUUUGAGAGGACUAGUUCGUCUCCAAGCCUUAGUGCGAGGACAUACUGUGCGAAGGCAAGCUGCAACAACAUUAAAGGCGAUGGAGGCUCUUGUUCGUGUGCAAGCCCGUGUUCGUGCUCGUCGAGUGAGGAUGUCAGAGGAAGGACAGGCUGUACAGCAACAAAUUCUUCAACGGCGUCAAGGCUUGGCUCGACCCAAACUCACAGAGGGGACCUGGACCACAGGUAAGGAUACGAAAGAAAAAUUGCAAAUUCGGGAAAAGGCAGCCAAGAAGCGAGAAAGGGCAAUGGCAUAUGCAUUCUCACAGCAGCUUAAACGAAGUGCUCCGAAGCGUAACAUGCUAUUUAUAGACAGCGAGCCAGAUCAAUCACAUUGGGGUUGGAGCUGGAUGGAUCGAUGGAUGGCCGCCCGCCCUUGGGAAAAUCGUCAUAUUGAACAUACAAAAGAGAGCCAUCAAAGCAUUCCCUCUCUCAAAUUGUUGGAGGCCAAGACAAAGAAUAUAAUAGUGGACGGCGUCAGUUCGAAGACUGCUCGGCCUCCACCCCAAGUGACUUCACUAGUGGAAAAAUCAGAAGACAAGCCUAAGAAAGGUCGUCGCACAAAUGGAGUAAGUGGAAAUAUUCCGUUGCCUCUUCCAUCUCCACCUCCCCCUGCUGAGCCCUUGCUAUCCAAGCCCGACGUUCAAAGAAAGGCUCUAUCACCUGAAAGGCCAGCACUUCCUUCUAUGCCUAAGUCAACCUGUCCGCCCCCUUUGCCUUCCGAAGAGAUCCUGGAAACUGCAGGUCAUGAGAGCGACGCUGGUCCUCUCUCGCCAACAGACGGUUCCUCUUUCCAUCAUCAACUUACUUCCGAUCAUCCAUCCUUUAAUGACUGUCCUACCGCGACGUCAAUUGAGGAGACCCUGGAGCAUGAUCCCAGCUGCAGUGGUUCUUGUGGAUCUGAGCAUGGAAAUGACGAAGAAUCGUUAACGAAAGCCCACCCUCAGGAUUCGCCAAACUUAGACCGUUUGAAGACGGGCGUUGAUUUGACCAAUAUACCGAACACCGAGAAAGGAGACAAUGGAGAGAACAGUGUUCCCACAAGUCAGAAGUCAACUAGGAACCGGUACAUGGCUCCCACCGUUUCUGCGAAAGCCAAAUUACGCAGUAGUCCCAAGACUAGGGUGGAGGGAGAAGAGUCACCUGCCAAACUGCAGAAGCGACUCUCUUUUGGUAGCCCCCCAGUUGCAAGACCCAAGGCUCCGAAUCUGACUGCUGCAGCUCGAUCUAAGUCUAUCUCUCAGGUACGAACUAGUCUUCCGGGAGCACUCUUCAAAGAAAAAUCUGGUGAGGUUCUUAGUCCUGUUGACUCCAGUGCUCACUCACUUCAGAGAAGAAAGUCUUUUGGAGGAGAGCCUAGAUCUGCAACAAAGUGGAGGUAGCGAAAAUCGUGGAAUCUCGAUUUGUAUCACCAAUAGCUUUGGUGCUAUACCAAUAGAGGACCAACUAUCUGAUACUUCUUUUUCACUGUCCAGCAUCGUUAAAAAAAUUACUGUUAUAAUCCAAGUUCAUUUGAAUCCGUCAGAAGUGAACAUGCUAAUGCAUUCCUGAGGAUGCUUGGUUAAGAUGUUCAAAAGCAUUUGGUAGCUAAUAGGUCCAAUAUCAACCGUGGUUUUCCCACGACAGAAACAAUCAUACUCUCGGGGUAUCAAAUACUUGUAGAGGUUGUCUCCUAGUGCAUGCAGGUGCAGUGGGCACUCUGACGGCGCUGGAUAACUAGGCUUUUAUUGUAGAUGAUCAAUAGAUUUACUUCUCGCUAUUGGUAGUCCAAGGAGAUAAUUAGUAUUUAUUAUAUUUUGUUUUCUUACAUCUUUGUUUAUAGUAGUGACAAGAGCCAAGUGGUGUGCCUGAUGCUCUGAAUUUUGAAAGGAACUAUGAUAUCGAUGAAAAUAGCCGAAUACUGAGUGGUGUAGAUUUUCCUUUUGUGUGAAUUUUCUUUGGCUAUCAUAAUGUAUGUAGUGAUGCACUACAAAGCCUUAGUCAA